AUGCCGGUGACUCCUCGUGCAGCGUGGAGGAAUGGCUCGGCGGGCUUGAGUCCGGGGAAGGAAGGUCGGGUUCAACGGCAGCGUAAGUCCGCCGCCAAAGAUGAGCAGCUGGUCGUGAUCUUCCUGGAUCAGGACGACACGCUGAGGUUCUACAUCCCGCCGGCUCUGGCCAACGGCACCGAGGCCUUCGUACUGGUGUCGGAGGCAGAAGGAACCGCAGUGAAGGUCUUCAACCCGACCUCGCCGCUGGUGGAGGCGGCCGGCACAGCCAUCUUCUACCGCCAGGGCUUCCUCCUCCCGCUGAUCGCAGAGAGCGACUUCGCCGCCUGCUACGCGGUGCACAGCGUCGCCGACGCGCAGACAUCGGUGCUCGUCGUGGUGAACAAGACCUUCACGGACGGGCUUCACGUGGGAAGGAGGCCCGUGGCCGGUAGCUGGCAGGAGCUGCAAGGGACCGACUUCGUCUCCACGAGCGUCGAGCUGGCCGAGGGCGAGAGCUUCGUCUGGCACGCCUCCUCCAAGAUGGCCGUCUAUUUCAUGGGAAGAAAGAACCGUUCUUGGUUUGGGAACCCGGCCGCCGUCAUCAGCACGAGUCCAGAUUUCCGGGGGUGCGUCUUGACCCCAGAGGUCGUCCACGUCGGCGCCGCGGCAUCGGGCUGGAGGGAAUCCCUGAAGUACUGCGCCGACCGGAAGAUGGCGCUGCUCAGCUUCCCGGAGGCGCCGCACCACGCACAGAUCUCCAGGAAACUCCUCCGGGCCGAGACCGAGGGCGAGCUGUGGGUCGGCAUGCGGCGCAGCUCCCAGUCCGGGGACUGGUACUGGCUGAGCGGGGCCCCGGUCGGGGCCACCAACUGGGAGGACGGGGAGCCCGGCACGGUGCACGACGGCCAGUGCGCCGCCAUGAGCCGCGACCGGGGCUUCGGCUGGAGGGACAAGAGCUGCUGCGAGGACGCCAAGCCCGUGUGCUACACCCCGCCCACCCUCCUCAACACCGCCUGAGGAACACGAGCAGCACCGAGUGGAAGCAGCUGGAGACAGGAAGCAGCUGUAGACAGGAAGCAGCUGUAGACAGGAAGUAGCUG